GCGGCGCAUGCGCGGGGCGGCGCAUGCGCGAGGCGGCGGUGUGAGGUACCCGCUCGGCAGCCUGGUUGCUGUCGCUAUGGCUCUCCUGCACACUCGCCGGCUCUUCACCGCCCCGCUCCUCGCCUCCGCCCGCGCCAGCUCAUGGUGGUCCCAUGUGGAGAUGGGUCCCCCCGACCCCAUCUUGGGGGUGACGGAAGCUUUCAAGCGUGACACCAACUCCAAGAAGAUGAACCUGGGGGUGGGGGCGUACCGGGAUGACAAUGGGAAGCCGUAUGUCCUGAGCUGUGUUCGCAAGGCGGAGGCCAUGAUAGCAUCCAAGAAGAUGGACAAGGAGUACUUGCCCAUUGCAGGGCUAGUGGAUUUCACCCGGGCAUCUGCAGAACUGGCUCUGGGUGAAAACAGUGAGGCUUUCAAGAGCAGCCGGUAUGUCACUGUGCAAGGUAUUUCUGGGACUGGAUCUCUGCGAAUUGGAGCCAAUUUUUUGCAACGGUUCUUCAAGUCUAGUCGUGAUGUGUAUCUACCCAAACCGUCCUGGGGCAAUCAUACACCCAUUUUCCGUGAUGCUGGCCUGCAACUUCAGGCUUACCGCUACUACGACCCCAAGACAUGCAGCCUUGACUUCUCUGGAGCCAUGGAUGACAUUUCUAAAAUUCCAGAGAAGAGCAUCAUCCUCUUGCAUGCUUGUGCUCACAACCCCACUGGGGUGGAUCCCCGGCAGGAGCAAUGGAAGGAGAUAGCAGCUUUGGUGAAGAAACGGAACCUCCUUGUAUACUUCGACAUGGCCUACCAGGGCUUUGCCAGUGGGGACAUCAACCGGGAUGCCUGGGCUGUGCGGUAUUUCAUCGAGCAGGGCAUCAACCUCGUCUUGUCACAGUCCUAUGCAAAAAACAUGGGACUGUACGGAGAGCGUGCGGGUGCCUUCACGGUGAUCUGCAGUGAUGCAGAGGAAGCCAAGAGGGUUGAAUCACAGCUGAAGAUCCUCAUCCGCCCCAUGUACUCCAACCCCCCCUUGAAUGGAGCCCGUAUUGCCUCUAUCAUCCUGAACACCCCUGACCUUCGGGAGGAGUGGCUGACGGAGGUGAAGGGCAUGGCCAACCGGAUCAUCAGCAUGCGGACUCAGCUGGUGUCCAACCUCAAGAAAGAGGGAUCCUCCCACAACUGGCAGCACAUCACCGACCAGAUCGGCAUGUUCUGCUUCACGGGGCUAAAGCCUGAGCAGGUGGAGCGGCUGAUCAAGGAGUUCUCCAUCUAUAUGACAAAGGAUGGACGAAUCUCUGUGGCAGGAGUUACGUCGGGCAAUGUAGGUUACCUGGCUCAUGCCAUCCAUCAAGUCACAAAGUAAAGACAAAGGUGUGCCCUGGAGCUGGUGGCCUCCUUUUCCCCACUGGUCAAAGCUAGGGAAGAGAAGCAAGCAGAAUACCUCCAACCACAGCACUUGACACCGCUGCUGAAUGUAUCUUGUAGAUGAGUUGUUGUAGAAGCCUAGUCAAACCCCUGCUGUGUUGUAGAGCUGGGAUAUUAUUGCUGGCUCCCACUCGUCACAGCUGUUCUCCCCUGCUGUCCGUCCUUUUCUUCAUCAGCCCCAGCACCCAUAUGCACUGGAGGAAGUAAAUGCUUAGCACUGCCAUCCUACUGGUGGAGGCAUCAAAGGCUUCCCUACACUUGUUUCUCCAUGAGAAGAUUUUGUGAGGAUGCUGGCCACUGGCCCAAGUGGCAGAGCUCAGCUGGGUGGGCUGAGAGAGAGCUGCUCAGGUGUGCCCUUGCCACCUCCUCAGCCUGACCCUGCUGCCAGCAGGCUCUGUCCUCCUUCAUCCUCCUAGCCCGGGGCUGGGCAGGGCCAAAGUUGCCCUCUGACAACCAGCUCUGAGGACUUACCACUACUAAAAUCUGUUCCAUCGUUGGGUUUGCUCCUUCCAUCUGGGAAUCUCCUUUCAGGUGUAAAUCAUGGCGGCAUUGGUGUGUGGGGCGGACCUCUGUGUCCCUCUAAACUUGCCUGGUUCUCCUGACUUCACUCCUGUGCCCUGAGGUGAAACAAUUUCUUGCCCCCCACUCACAAUAAGAACCUCCUCCAAAACCUGCUCUCAGUUGGUCUCUGCCUCUCCCUAUUCCUCUACCACCCCCAGCAGCCCUCCCUGCAAAACAGAGUCUUUGUGGUGUGUCCCAAAGCCAUGAGGUGGGUCCUGCCAUGCCUGCCCUCAUGUGGGGGUGCGGGUGACUGCUCUUGUCAACCAAUUUUCUGGUGACACCAGAAAACAUGAGGGAAAGAUCCUGAGGGAAGUUUGAGAGAUGAUGACUCAAAAAACCAUUUUGUCCUUUUCACUGAGUGUCCUAGAGGCCCAGUGACUCACUGGAUGCUGAUUUUUAAUCAAAAGGGGCGUAUGGCUGUGGUGCACUGGGGACUUUCUCCUGUUGUUGCACAGCUACAUCCUAUCCCUUCGUGCACCAAAUAUUCCCUGCUGGGCAAGUGCCAGCACAGGGGUUCUUGCAUGGCCAGUGAAACCCUAAUCUGAGAAUCCCAUGCAGAGAGAGAGGGAAGUUCCCACCUGUAUGCCCCAAGAGCACUGGAGCAUGUGGGAUGAGGCUGCCAGUUGGGAGUCAGUGUUGUGGAGCUGAAAUUGCAGCCUGCAGUGUUGAACAUAGGUGUUGCUGGGGAGGGUGGGAGUUCCCAAAGGCCGUCUGCCUUGCACCCAGACCCUGGAGCACGACGGAGUUUCUCCUUGCAGCAAGCAAAGUUGCCUCUGUGGGCGGCCCUGGAGGGGUCAGCUCUGGGUCUGUGUGAGCUUUCUCAUUCCACGGGCAUCUUUACCCUUUGCAGCCGUACCAGGACACUUAGCAGAGCAGUCCUCGUUCCUCAUUCCUGCCCAGAGCAGCCGUGUACUCCUGGGAGCCAGGACAGGCCUGCUUCAUGCAUGCUGUCACUGCACUUGUUGGCAGAGGAGCUGCCAGCACAGGCUGAGGAAGGCUGGAGCCUCCCACUUGCUCCCAGACAAGACGGUUUGCAUUUUUAACAGCGUUGAUUGUUUACAUGGCCCGAUGCCUCCAGCUGCUACUUACUCCCAUUUGUGCAAUAAACCGGUUUCCGCCACGCUGCGGCCACCGUGGGUGCUGCCCUUGGCGCUGCGGCUUCUCGUGCUGUGGUCGCCGCUUCUGCGUGGCUCUGGAGCUGCCUCUCGUGGUUGCGGAGAGCCCUGUUACCUUGCGUUACGCCUGCCUGCUGCCCGUUCUCUGUUACAAUAAAAGUAGAACUGGAGCACA